AUGGACAUUGCUACUAGAGGAGAGCCUGGAGCUGUUCUGGUGUUCCUACCUGGUUGGAAUGAAAUCAUGCUUGUCAUGAAUUUCUUGACUUGCCACGCUGAGUUCUCGAAGUCAUCAAAAUACAUAAUUUUGCCGCUUCACUCUCAGUUGACAGGCGGUGAACAGCGCAAAGUUUUUGAUCAUUAUGGGGAUGAAAUGCGAAAGAUUAUCCUGGCCACAAAUAUUGCGGAGACGAGUAUCACCAUCGAUGACGUUGUCUUUGUAAUUGAUUCAUGCAAGGCAAAGGAGAGAAUGUACACUUCUAACAAUAACAUGGUGCAUUUUGCCACUGUGUGGGCAUCUCGCACAAAUUUGGCCCAACGGCGUGGUCGUGCUGGUCGUGUACGACCAGGCUUUGCUUUUCAUCUAUGCAGUAAAGCUCGCUUUGAUGCGCUUGACGAACAUCGUACUGCUGAGAUCCUGCGUACACCAUUGCACGAAAUAGCGCUCACUAUUAAACUGCUGAGGCUUGGCAGCGUUGGUGACUUUUUGGGU